UAGCUGGUUCGGUCAUGCCGGCUCAACAAAAUGGUGGACUACACACAGAAGGGAAAGUCAUUGCUGGAAAUUUCCCCUUUAUAAAAUGGCCAAUACUGGUCAGAAAAAUGACUCAUUGUUUGGUGGACAGGACCUUCUUGCUGAAGCACUUGGUCAAAGUGGCUUGGACCUUCAGGAUCCAUUUGAUAUUUUAAACGAAGUGCCUGGCAACACGCUGUCAACUUCGGGUUACAACAGUGCAUACGACUUUCUUUCAGAUUUGAAUUUUACGAACUCUCUCCCUGCUUCUACCGUUGCGACUCAACCUCGCGUGGCUCAACCAGUUCUUUCUAGUGACUUUAAUUCGGAGGAAGUAAAGAAUUUUCUUGCUGCUUUGACGCAAAAUUCUACUUUACCACUUGCCUCUGAAGCUACACAAGCUUCCUAUGCUUCUUCAACAAGUGUACCAUACGCGCAGUUUCCCGGUCUGGUUCCGGGCACUAUUUCGUCUCAGAGCUCCAGUACUUUACAGCAUUUACUGACUUCAGAAUCCAAGCCUCUAUCUAGAACUCAAGUUGCGACAAAUUCGCCACCUUUUGUGAUUGAUUUGUUUAACCGUAGCACUGAAAAUAAUAAAUUUCAGCGUCCCAUUACAGUUCCUAACUUAUCAUCGUUACAAGAAGCUGGGAAAAAGGAAUUAUCAAAAAGGGAUGUUUCAAGAUUAUGGUCUAACGAUGUUAUCAAUCUAACUGGCCAACCAGAAAAGGAGUCUUCAGAUAAUGUUGAUGCUGAAGAUGAUGAAGAAGAAGAGGAGUUGGGGCACACAGACACCUACGCAGAAUACAUGCCAUGCAAGCUGUCUUUUGGAAGAAGACACCCAGACUCAGUAGUUGAAACAAGUUCACUGGCCAGCGUGACACCGCCAAACAUUUGGUACAAGCUGAAACUCCCCCCUGAAGUGAUUGACAGGACAUUCCUGUCGGCAUUGCAGCUGGAGGCUGUCGUUUACGCCUGUCAACAACAUGAGAUUUUUCUUGAGAGUGGAGAGCGAGCAGGUUUUUUGAUUGGUGAUGGUGCUGGGGUCGGAAAGGGUAGGACUGUUGCAGGAAUCAUCUAUGAAAACUAUCUUUUAGGUCGCAAAAGAGCAAUUUGGCUAAGUGUAUCAAAUGAUCUCAAAUAUGAUGCUAUAAGGGAUCUCAGAGACAUAGGAUGUCACAUACAUGUCAAUGCUCUUAACAAGUUUAAGUAUGAUGUGAAGCUGUCAUCCAAGUCCAUUGGAGGCAUGAAGAAGGGUGUGAUAUUUGCAACGUACUCCUCACUAAUUGGUGAGAGUCAAAGCAAUCAAGGCAAAUACAACACCAGGCUCAAACAGCUUCUCCACUGGUGUGGAUCAGACUUUGAGGGAGUCAUAAUUCUGGAUGAGUGCCACAAAGCCAAAAACCUUGUUCCAACUGGCUCAUCUAAGCCCACAAAGACUGGCCUUACAGUACUUGCCUUACAGAACAGCUUACCAAAGGCUCGGGUGGUGUAUUGCAGUGCUACAGGCGCUUCAGAGCCCAAGAACAUGGCUUACAUGUCCCGCCUUGGGAUAUGGGGGCCGGGCACACCCUUUCCUGAUUUCACAGACUUUAUCAGAGCUGUGGAGAGAAGGGGUGUUGGUGCUAUGGAAAUAGUAGCAAUGGAUAUGAAGCUGCGAGGAAUGUACAUGGCACGCCAGCUUAGUUUUGCUGGAGUUGGGUUCAACAUCCGGGAUAUUAAGCUGGAACAAAAGUUUAUAAACAUGUAUGAUAAGGCUGUUCUUUUGUGGAAUGAGGCUAGAGAAAAGUUUGAAAAAGCUGCUGAUCUCAUGAUGGCCGACAACCGAACCAAGAAGACACUCUGGGGCCAGUUCUGGUCAGCUCAUCAGAGGUUCUUUAAGUACCUGUGUAUUGCUGCCAAAGUGCACGAGGCUGUGAGAAUGGCUCAUGAGGCCAUAGACCUUGGCAAGUGUGUUGUCAUCGGGCUACAAUCCACAGGAGAAGCAAGAACACUGGAACAGCUUGAGGAAGCUGGAGGAGAGCUAAAUGACUUUGUCUCUACUGCCAAAGGGGUGUUGCAGACACUGAUUGAGAAGCAGUUCCCUGCGCCGGGAAGGAAGAGAGUUGCUGAUAUCUUAGGAUUAGAUAACGAUAGUGAUGCCAGUGAUAGGCGUUCUGAGCGCUCUUCCCCUGCACCCCCACUCACUAAGAAAAGGAAAACAAAAGCAAAGAAGAUAGUCAAACCCAAAAAGCAGAAGUCGGGCCUAGAACUACUGUUCAACAUAAGCAGUGGUUCAGAGAGCGACUCGGACGGCAAUGAUGAUGAGAGUGAUGACUCUACUAAGGACAAAGGUGACAGCAAUCAGUCCAUGGAGUCAGAUGAUGGUAAUGAUGAUUCUGCCGACUCUGAGGAGGAAGAAGAGGAGGAUUUCAACCCGUUUGGUGGCUCAGACUCUGACCAGGAAGAUCCGUGGGCGAUUCGCAAAUCCAAGAAAACCAAAGUUAAAAGCAAGUCUCGGUCGGGCAGCCCAUCGAGUCAGCCUGACCCUGCCAUGAGUGCGCUUGCUGCCGCCGGCCUAAACGUCAACGUGCCAAACUGGAACAGAAUGGCGGCCACAACCAAACCAUUGAAUGGGAUACCAAGCCACCUCAAGAACUCUAGUCAACACAGCCCGGGCAGCUCAAUGUUUGGCCACAGCAAUAGUUUCCACCACUCUGCCAGCGCCCCAGUCCUGUCCUUCCUGCUCUCUACCAGCCCCUCCCCUCCCAUGACGGGCACGGCUGCGGACCAGUGCCGUGCCAUGAAGAAAGAGUUACUGGACAAGUUAGACACCCUAGGGCCGCUACUGCCUCCCAAUACACUUGAUGAACUGGUUGACAGCCUUGGUGGACCUGACAAAGUAGCCGAGAUGACGGGUCGUAAGGGGCGUGUCGUGAGCCACGAAGACGGGCGAGUUAGCUACGAGUCCCGCAGCAAACAAGACGUGUCCCUUGAGUUCCUGAACGUCGAGGAAAAGAAGCGGUUCAUGAAUGGAGAAAAAUUGGUUGCAAUCAUUUCGGAAGCUGCGAGUUCAGGGAUCUCUCUCCAAGCAGACCGUAGAGCACAGAAUCAACGUAGAAGAGUGCACAUUACUUUGGAGCUGCCUUGGAGUGCGGAUAAAGCCAUCCAGCAAUUCGGACGGACACAUCGCUCUAAUCAAGUCAGUGCUCCGGAGUACGUAUUUCUCAUCUCAGAGCUGGCGGGUGAAAGGCGCUUCGCAUCAGUUGUGGCCAAGAGGCUUGAGAGCCUGGGCGCCUUGACUCACGGUGAUCGGAGAGCAACGGAGUCUCGAGAUCUCAGCAGAUAUAACUUCGACAACAAGUACGGUCGUGCCGCACUGGAGACUGUAUUAAAAGCGGUGUUGGGACAGGCCCAGCCCAUGGUACCGCCCCCAUCCUCUUAUAAGGGGAACUUCUUUCAAGACGUGCGGCGUGCGCUGUUCGGUGUAGGACUUGUCACAAGAGAUGAUCGGGGUAACUACUCCAUGUUAGAUAAAGACUACACUAACAUGUCCCGUUUCUUGAAUCGUAUUUUGGGCAUGGAAGUGGUCCUACAAAAUGAGCUCUUCAGCUACUUGAUGGACACUUUCACAGCGGUCAUACAACAAGCUAAGCGCUCUGGCCGCUGGGAUGAGGGAAUCCUAGAUCUUGGCUCGCACGGCGAAGAAGUCAAUGAACUCAGCGUGCAGACCUUUGCUGGCGUCAAGUCAAGCGGUACCGCGACAACCGAGCUUCACACGGUAAGCGUCGAGCGCGGGAUGUCCUGGGACGACGCGGUUACCCUGUGGAGAGAAACGACUGAGCCGGAGGAGGGUUUCUACCUGUCACACCAGGCUCGAAACGAUAAGAAAAUGGCGAUCCUUGUACGUGCAGCGUCUCGCGGCAAGAAGAAAAAACUUCUGAGCGUGUACCGGCCAAACACCGGACUACAGAGCAAGCAAGAGACCGUGGAAGAAAUAAAAAAGAAAUACAAAAAGGUCACAGCACCAGAGGCGCAGCAACACUGGUGUAGUCAGUACGACUCGUCACUCUCGCUAUGUAGCCACGCCUACUGGAAAGGCAACUGCAAGCGGGCCACCCUUGGUCUGUGGUGUGAGGUGGGGCUAAGAAGGCGCUCGUACAACAUUCUUAGCGGCUCCGUGCUAAGCGUGUGGAGUAAAGUGGAAGCCGUGCUUGCGGGGCAGCCCGGUAACAGCUCCAAGAUGCAGAUCAUUCGCUGUAAACGGAGUGAUGGUAAAAAGAUAGUGGGAUGCUUGAUACCAAGUAACUGUGUCGCAGCUCUCUCGCGGACGCUUUCACCCCAAGAUGGUGGACAAGAGGAGGCGAUUGAGAUCCUGUGACGACACGUGCCUUUCUCGUGGCUUUCCAUUGUCACCGUCCACUUGAUCACGUGAUACACGCUAGCAGUCUUGGUAACACAGAGCUCGUGACUACAAGUGACUUAUGGCUCUAGCUCUAAGGAGUCGACGCUAGCAGUCUUGGUAACACAGAGCCCGUGCCUACAAGUGACUUAUGGCUCUAGCUCUAAGGAGUCGUCAAUGAUGGUUUUAUAGUGUGCCAUAAAAUAUCAUGACAAAGGCUAACAAGACAUAAGCUAGUUCUAUUUUUACAUAUAAUGCUCAUUACACCCAUGGCUAAAGCUAAAUUUCAAAAUUAUAAUUGUCAUAAAUCCUGAUCAAGAAACCUAAAUCUCAUAAAAAUUGGAGGAUUUGAACAGCCCAGAAAUAUAAUAUAUUCUCACAUUUUGUUCUGAAAGCUACAAAGAACUACCUUAUCAUUUUUUCCUCCUGCUGGUCAACAUAGACAAAUAUUCAGAAUUGGUGAUGUUAUGUGACGUCACACAAACAGAAGCCCGGCUAGAAAGCCAAGGCCUGUCCUCCAUUGCGCUCGAUCUUAAGCUCGUUAGAAACCUCCGGCUAAAGGCCCGUUUUGCAUGGUAACGAAUUUUCGACCGUCCAUAGCUGGUACGGAUACGCGUUCCAUUCACACGGCACCUCCCCUAGCUGAAUGAAAAAUGAGACAGCUAGCUGUACGAUACCCGAGUUAACAGUUUAAAAAAUCGGCUCCGGGUAAACACCGUUUUAGGCACAAAUUUUGGAGCUGUCGAAAAUUCGACCGGCAUCGUGUAUAAGGGAACGUGUACGUAUUUCCUCAUUCGCAUCCGAAUGCUAAAAGAAAAAACGAGUUUAGAAAAAAUAAGGAUAUAUUCAAGCGUUCGUUGAACUUGUCAAAUGUAAAAUAAAUCUGUACAGUAUACUAUUUAAAUUUUGGUAGGAAAAUGUUCAAAGAUGUAAAAAGUUGUUACAAGAAUUAAAACUUUUGCAAAACUAA